AACUAUAUCUCACGUGGCUGUGUCGUUGAUAACCCAACCCAAGAGCCAUACGACUCGCUUCAUUCUCUUUCUCUCCCUCUCUCUCUCUCCCUCUCUAUUUUCUGUAUUCUUGUUUCUUUUCCUUCUGUGAAUAUAGUCCCUUGAGAUCGGACUCUCUCUGUCUCUCUUGGACGCAGAGUGUAAGCUCCGACGGUACCAGAGACGAUCUCCACUCCUCCAGCUUUAGAAACGCUCCAGUGACCAGAUUUCGAUAAGAGCCACGUCACGAUUUGACCAGUUCAUCACGCUCUGUUGAUAGCUGUGCAAACAUAUUUCCAAGCCAUUGAACUUUUGCUGCGUCUGAUCUGAACAGAAAGCGGCAAUCGAAAGAUGAACAGCUGUGGCAUCCAACGAAACGCGUUUGCGGCCGGCGACGAGGUGAGGGGAAGUUCCAUCACUGUCGCCGUCUACGACCGCUGGGAGACCGUAGUUUGCCCAAAACCGCGUCGUAUCGGAGUCCUCAAUUCCGUCAACGCCCACCCUCAACCUGUCCAAUCCCUCAGAUCGCAGCUCAGCAACAAAGACGAGUUAAGCGACUCGAAUCCAGCAAGUGACCUUAUGGACAUCAUCCUCAGAAAGGUAGGUGGUGCACCAGCAGAACAGGAUUGUCCUGACACUAUAGCCUCGUCGCCUCUAUUUUUUCCUGGGUCACCGCCGGGCAGAGUACCUAACCCAUUAACUCAGGACUCUAGAUUCAGGGAUGGAGUUUUAGUCGCACCAUCUCCACCGCUCUCACUGCACACAGCGCUGCCACCAUCCUCCCCGCCCUCGGGGAGGACAGGUAGUUGCAUUAGGUCGAAUUUCGGGAACAACCCGAAAGUUAGAGUCGUGGGGUUCGAUCGCCUCGACAGGAGGGACAGACGCAGCAUCCCUUCUCUGGCUUAAACGAAACCCCAUCUUAUUCUUCAUUAACAUCAUCAUCUUAUUCUCCUCCUCCUUCAAACACAUGUAAUCAAAUUGCAAGCAGAGUACAUAGCAGAGCACAGGUAAAACGAUCAUAAGGUAGCUUAGAAGAAGGGUAACAAGAGAUGCAGGCAACGUGAGAGAGGGACAGUUUUCUAUUUGUCAAGAAGUUGGUGUAUGGAUGGUUUUGGUGAGUGUAAAUAUGUUCAAAGAAGGCUGUAAUUAGGGCUUUUUUUUUUGUAAGCAAGAAAAAUAAACAGAAGUUGUAAUUGAGAAUUUGAGAGUCGAGAUGUGAAGAAUCGUUUUCCAUCUGUGUUCGUAUCAUAAUAUUGUUACCUUUCCUCA